GUGCUCACGCUGCUCUCCCACCACAGCCUCAUGCGCGGUGCAAGCAUACGCGAGAUAACGCUCCCCGACAUCUUCCUGUACCGACUGGCGAGCACCUCGUCGGUGAACCCGGAUAACCAGCCGGUCGUCAUGCCACCAGCGAUGGACGAGGCAGAUGUGGAAGACGAAUGGGGUGUUCUGCAAGCGGAACGUCCAUGCCGCUCGGGCGGUGGCGGGGCGCAGGAGUUGGCCAUCCAAGGUACGCCUCGCGCCGAGAUAGCCGAGCUGGGUCACUGGGCUCUCGACAAGAUGACUCGAGCCUACAUCACAUCCAUUUCCGUCGGCGUGGUGAUGAAGAAGGCCGGCUAUUCGGGAUUCACGCAGGACUACUUCUUGGGUCGCAGUAGGGUGGAACCGGGAGACGAACUCCUCGCUCUCAUCGCCGAGCACAUCUUCCCCGGCGUCGAUGACCUCCUCAACAAGCACUGGGCGAAGAGGGUCGAGAAGACCGACACCGACCCCAUAAAAAGCGGCAAGAUCCAACCCUCAUCCAGCCAGAGGUUCAGGGAGCCGGGAUUCGUCGACCGCCACACCCUCCUCGACGGAGCCUCGCAGGGAGCACACGGGAAGAGGGUGCGCCGCAUGAUGAAGGUCAUCGAUGCGGUGCGCCAGCUUCGCAGGAGCGACGGCGAAGCCGACACGGAAGCCACCGUCGACGCGCUUAACAAGAUAGCGGCGCCUGGCAUUGGGACCUUCGCGGAUGCCUUCACGGUGCUCAACGCGGACGCCGUAGCGACCUAUGCUGGGCAGGGUAAGGGCGUCAAAGGGCUCGGCAAGACGGAAUUUUCCAAGCUUCGUGUCGCCUGUGCGUUCGUGGCGCGCGGGUUAAAGCCCGAAACGUGGGUCGCCGACCUGUUCCCGGACACCUGGGUUGAGCAGAUGAAGAAGACGUUGGCCGAUCUGGCCCGCGAAAACGGCGCCGGGCAGCUGCCUCCGACCAAUAAGUCGACCAAGCGCAAGAAAACCGCUUGA